AUGAUUGAGGAGGAGACGGCUGGCACGGUGCCAAGGCUGGCCAUGCAUCGCCAGAAUGUCAGCCGGACAGUCGGCACCUAUUUUCAGCCCUACUUCGAGAAGCUGAAGGCGCUGAAGAAGGGCCAGCUCGGCCCCGCUCGAUUCAACAGCUUUCCAAAGCGGAAAAUCGAGCCCAAGGCCCCGGGCUCAGAGCUGAUCGAAAUGGAGGUGACCCGGGAAAGCUUGGAGCCGUUCAGCUUCGGCAAUCAGGCGCUGCCGAUUCCGGAUUUUGAUAGCAGUCCGUACCCCUCCAAAAUCUCCUAUCGUAACCGCCAGCAAUUGGCGGUUGUUGAACCUGAUAUACGAAAUGGCUUCUUCGAAGUGGUCGACUCGACGGGGCGAAGACGACAAUUCUCGGCCGGGAAGACGCCGAAAAGCGAGGGGCGAAACCCGGCCUUCAUGGUCGAGGAGGAGAUCAAGUCGGUCAAGCGGGUCGCCAUCGGCCCGCAAAAACAUUCCGGGCGGACCGGAGCGAAGCAGGAAAGGCGGAAGGCCCGGAAACGGAGGAAACGCAUCAACCGGAAAUCGCAAUUUUUGGAGCGCACGACGCAAAAACCGGAAGAGAUCCCGGAAACCGUGACGCCGAAAAUCAUGCCCAAAACCGAAAUUGUGGAGCCGAAGCUUCAAGGCGAGCCGUCAAUCGAGUCAGCAAUUGAUUUCACUCCACUGUUGAUCAAUGUUCCGGACGACACCGAACAACGGCGCAAAAUUUUGAGCGAUCCGGCCAAGUACCCCGCCAUCUCCUCCUGCGAGCUGUACGCGGCGUGUGUUGAUGAGAUGAAUGCCCAGGAAGAGAAAUGUCAGCCGGAUGUGGGGCGGCUGCUUCCUGGUUUGCCGGGGAGACGAUUGGGAGAUUGUAACAAGGAGAUAAUCCCGAAAUAUCAGAAACUCGACGCGAUGGGCCGUCAACUCGAAGGCGUCUUCAUCGAGUGCCUGAUGGGCGAAAUUGCCCUCCAAAGCCAGCUGGGAAGACCGCCGCUACCCUCCGCCACCUGUGCCUUCCCGCCCUCGCUGCCACCACUGGCCAAGAACUGCCAGAAAAAUGUGGCCACCGCGAAGCGAAUAUGCGACAAAUACGCGGAGUGCUGCCCAUCGGUGCAUAGUUGCCGCGCCAAAGCUGACGACUCCCUCGAAGCAGCCGCCUACAAAGACGAAAAAUCGCGGCUUUUCGACGAGGCCGCCCAGUGCCAAAUCAACGCCGCCCGCGAGUUCCGACUCAAAAAGUACAAAAAGGUCGAGAAAAUCUCCGGCGGAUUACUG